CUUCUAAGUAUUUUUCCUGCUGUGGAACGCGGCUCAUAAGCACCUGCAAAGAGGCCCGCGGUUUAGCGCGCCUGAGCUUUCUUGGUUUUCAUACGUUCGAGCUCCAAACGCACGUUUAGCUAGGGACUGAGGAAACAUGGAGGAGGAAACUGGCGAGCUCGGAGAGGCGAUCCAAGUUGGGAAGAGGAGGAGCUCUCUGGGUGCUCUCAGCAAAUCCAAGCCGGUCUCAAAGUUGAAGAGCAUGUUUGAGGCCAAAGGUGCUGUUCCAAAACCAAAGGACAACAGCCUUCUUGGCAGGUUCAAGCCGGUUUCCGCCAGCCAUGAUGCCAGCACCUUCGCAGCGGCUAUCGAUGCGUCCUUCAACGCGUCUGCGCACCAUACCAUCUCCAUCCCUGCGCCCGUUGAGCAGCAUCCCGGUACUCCUCCACUGCCACUCCACCUUGCACUGCAAACGCCCGACCAAGAUGUCGCGCAGAAUGCGAACUCUCCGCUCAGCGCCGAGGAUUCAGUUAGGACUCCACCACACAGCGAACCGCCCCAGGAUGGAGUUGAGACUGAUCCCAAAUCUGCCAAGUCGCCUACUUCCGGUAGCCUCUUUAAGCGGGUGGGCAGCAGCAUUAAGAAGGCGUUGACGCCAAGAUCGUCUGGCAGCAAGCAAAAGCGAAGCAGUGACGCCGGUAACUUGUCUCCACGGCCGUCAAGCCAGCCCCUGGACAGCCAGACAUCAUCGACAUCCCUGGACCUUAACUGCCGCAGCGACCAGCUGCAGUCGCAAGCCAGGUCACCUACCGGCUCUAUGGGUUACGAGAUGUACAGCGCGCGCGAGGAGCCCGACACAGAGCCGAUUUACGAAGGUGGCCUGGAAGUGCCGCCCAGCCGCCCUUUCACAACCCACGCACGCCCCCCUUUGUCGCCACGUCCGUCGCCUUCGCCUGGUAGCUCUAUCCUCGAUGGCGUCGCUGCUCGGAAGCUAGCCUCCCCCUCACCCUACGCCAAGUCCCCCGCUGGUUCGCUGGGCAACCCCACCGACAUCAUCGCCAACAAUGCCGAGGGCUGCAGCAGUGCUUUGACUGUCGGGCCUUCAACUCCGCCGGCUGAUGGCCUAAUGGAAGUUGAGGUCAUUCCUGCCUCAACCUCCACCGACAUUACUCCGUCUGGUGACUCCGUAGCCGACGCCGGCGAUGGCGUUGCCGCCUCCCUCACCACAAGCCCUACAUUCCCUGAGACCAGCAGCAGUCCCGUGAUGCGCGAGGCUAACAUCGGCGUCGUCGCUCCGCCAUCCACGCUGCCGGCCACCUCUGCCUCGGGGACUGUUAGCCAUGGCGAGGAUGUCGCUGCUUCGGAUCAGGGAGGCGAGCUGGUCUUCCCGAGCCUCGCCGUGCAGUCAUCACUCUCCCCGCCUGAGCUCGUGAAGGGCGUCAUGGUCGCUGGGGACACGAGUAGCUCGCCCAGGAGCCCCGUACUGCCAACGGAUGGCGCCGAGGUUCCAGUAGCGGAAAGCCCGUUUAACGGCCACACAAACAUCGACGUGGCGGCCGAGGAUAGCCUGGCCGAGUUCGCGAGCGGCGAGCCUGUGUCUUCUGCUGUCAGCGGCGACACCGCUGCUGCCAUCGCUACCAUGGCGGCAUCCGGUAUGGAUAUCGACAUGGGCGAGGCUUCCCCUUCAGUCGAGGCUCCCAGCUCGCCCUCUUGUCAUGGUUCGCAGCCCUGCGACCGUAGCGAGCUUGGUGCUGCUUUCGAGCCCAACAUCGCCCGCGAGAGCCCGAGCAGCCCCGACAAGACAGUGCCUGCCACUACAGCUGGUGCCGAUGCCUUCAUUAUCGGCCUGACACCCAUCCGCCCUGACAUUGAAGCCUCCGCACUCCUCGCUCAAGGUGGAAUGGCCGGUCAUUUUCAUGCUGGCGUCGCAGGCGCAACCCUGUCCACUGCAUCUGCUUGCGACUACGGGGCGAGCUCUACAGGUGUUGGCCCGUUGCAGGCAGACAUGCAACUGACCGACUUGCCCGUGCCCAUGCCCGAGGAGGUCCAGCUGCAGCAGCCUGCUGGGCACCACACCGGCAACAUGGCUUGCGGCCAGAUGCCGGAGAGCCCUGCACCCCUUAAGGCAGCACCUUCCUCAAGUGUGGCGGUCUCGUCUGCAAGCCACACGGACGAGGGCUGUUGCAAAGCUCUCCAGGCGGCUGCUCCAGACGAGAUGGACUGGGACGAGGGCUCUGCAGCGCCGACGCUAGCGUCCUCUGUGUCUGCGGAAAGCUGUGAAGUGACACACCCCGGGCCUGAACCCCCGACUCCCGUCCUUGACAGCCUAUCCGCAGCAUCGCCGCCUUCACCUGAGCCCAAGGUCGACGACGCUGUCGCCGAUGUUGUUCAGGAGCCUGCAGCACCGGCUUCGUCUGGGACCUCGGAGAUGGACCUCGACGUGCCCGCUUCCACUUCGCAAGACUGCAGCCUUCCUGUCACAGUUGAGGGGGCCACGAUUGUAUCAGCGGAGGACUCACAAGCAUCCUUCACGGCGGAAGAGGCGGUGCAGCCAGAGCCUGAAGCGCUACCAGUGCCCGAUGCUGCAGCAGUGGAGGUAGCGGUGUCGGAGAUCCCCUGUGCGGAGGCUGAGCCUGCCGUGGCUUCAUUAAAUGAAGCAGUAAUGUCGGCCGGCACGAUGCCGGCAGAUGUAGCGCUGGAGUGCAUGGCGGCAGUCGCGGAUGAGACCGACCCAGUCGUGUUGGAUGAGCUGGCGCCAAGCGACGCUUUGCUGGCGGAUGCAGCUGUUGAGGCGGCUCCGGUUAUUGUUGUGCCGGUCGAGGCAGCGCUCGAGCCUGUUGUGGCGUCGGAGGAUGCAAUGGACAGCGUGCCCACGGAUGCUGCCGUGACCGAUGUUGCGCCGGGGGGAGCAGAGCCGGAGGCAGCCGAGGUACCGCCUGAGGCCACAAUAUCGGCGAUGGAGAACGCGCCAGACUGUGAUAUGCUGGAGGCAGAGACGUCACCGGUGGAUUUGAUGGCAUCAUGCGCUGUGGUGGGUGUCAUGCCGUCGGAGGUCCAGGAGGAGGCGCCGGAGGUGGCGCCGGCAGCGGCAGCAUCGGGCUUUGGGACCGAGGUGGCACCUGCAGUGGCGGUGUCUGAGGAUGUGGUGCAUGGCGCUGCGCCUGUCGAGGUCACGCUGACGGAGGGGCCGGUAACGCAGGCGGCGCCGGCGGCGGAGCCAGCUGUAAAGGCUACCCUGACGGACGAGCCGUCAACGGACGCUGCCCUGACGGCGGACCAAGCCACGGAGGCGGGACCCACACCAGAGCAGGCUAUGGAGGUGGAAAUGACAGAGGAGUCGGCAACGGAGAUUGGAACAACGGCAGAGCCCGCGACAGAUGCGGCGUUGACGGAGGAGCUACCGACGGAUGUGGCGCUGAAAGGUGUGCAGGAUGGCGCGGCUGCAGCGGAGGAGGCAAUGCCGUCAUCAGCAUUCGAGGAGGAGCGGGCAGCGGAGGCUGGGCUGGCAGAGGAGCUGCCGGUAGAGGCGGCAUCGACGCCGGAACUAGCCAUGAGGGAGCUAACUAUGGAGGCGGCGGCGAAUGAGGAGCCGAUUGCGGAGGCCGCAGCGGUGGUGGAGUUGCACACGGAGGCGGCCUUGUCACUGGAGGCAGCCGUUGAGGCGGAGCAGCCGCCCAUGGAUGUGACGCUGGUCGAGGAGCCAACCUUGGAGGCAGCGCCAGUGGAGGGGCUGCCUACGCCGGAGCCAACGGUUGAGGCUAUCCCGCCAACGGAAUUGGCGCUAACGGAGGAGCCGCCUGUAGAGGCAGCAGCUAUGGAGGAGCUGUCAAGGGAGGCGGCAUCUGCGGACGAGCUGUCGACGGAGGCGGCACCUGCGGACGAGCUGUCGACGGAGGCGGCACCUGCGGACGAGUUGUCGACGGAGGCGGCAUUUGCAGAGGAGCUGCCAAUGCAGGCGCCGCUCAUGGAGGAGCCGCCAGCGGAGGCGGCACCUGCGGAGGAUCUGUCGACGGCGGCGGCAUUUGCGGAGGAGCUGUCACUGCAGACGCCGCUCAUGGAGGAGUCGCCAGCGGAAGCGGCACCUGCGGAGGAGCUGCCAAUGCAGGCGCCGCUCAUGGAGGAGCCGCCAGCGGUUGCGGCACCUGCGGACGAGGUGUCAACGGAGGCGGCACCUGCGGAGGAGCUGUCGACGGCAGCGGCAUUUGCAGAAGAGCUGUCAACGCAGGCGCCGCUCAUGAAGGAGCCGCCAGCGGAGGCGGAACCGAUGGAGGAGCCGUUCGUGGAGGCUGCACCCACAGAGGAGUCGCCGGCGGGGGCUGCACCGUUGGAGGAGCCACCGGCUGAGGUUGCAACGGCAGAGGAGCUGCCGGUGGAGGCGGCAUCGACCGAGGAGCCGCUUGUUAUGACGGCACCGACCGAGGAGCCGCCGGUUGCUACGGUACCGAUGGUGGAGUCGCCGGCGGCUUUGGAUGGGGAGAAGCCAGUUGAGGCUUUGCAGAUGGAGGUGGCCCUCGCGGAGGAGGCGCCGACGGUUACAGCACUUGAGAAGCUACAGGAGUUCGCGCCGCAGGUCAAGGAGGUGCUGGUGGAGGCGGGCCUGACUGCGGAGCAGCUAGUUGACGUGGUACCUGCUGACAGCACUGAGGCGCCGUCUUCCGAUCCGGAGGCGCACACUGUGGCGGGCCAGCCGGCGCCGACGGAGGACGCCAUCAGCUCCGACAUCAACAUGGAGGACGUCGCAGCGAUUAACGUCGAGUCAUGCGCCAGCACGCAGCAAGACGAGCCUGCAGUUGCCGAGCCAGCAUGCACGGAUGAGACUGCAGAGGCGGUUGCACACGCUGUUCCUAUUGUGUCGGAGCCUUCGUCAUCCAUGCCGCAGCCUGAUGCCGUCGCAGCUAGCCAGGAGGUGCAGCUAGCUGGGUUUACGGAUGUGGAGAUGGAUGAGGCGGACAAUUGUGCGCGUGCUGAGGCCUGCAUGCAGCUACCGUCUACACCGUGCUUUGCGGAGGAGGGUGUUGCUCCAUCGGGCAAGCUGGAUGGGGUGCCCGAUGCCCCUCAGUACUCGCAGCAGCACUCGGCGGUGGAUGUCUCCCAGGUAUCUGGUGAGGUGGGGGUGCAGCCGCAAGACGAGGUCACAGCCGCAUGGGCUGCCGCCGCUGUCGCUGCUGACCUGACUCCUGCUGAGCCGAGCAAGCCUCUGCCGCAGGCUGCUGAGCCUGACAACGAUUUUGUUGCUUAUGGCUCGGUGGCGAGCGACACGUUGCGGGGUGCGGAGGCCUCGGCCAACCUUGCCGGCGUCGUACAGCAGAUGGUGCCGGCGCCCCAGCUGGAGGAGUCUCUUGACACUGCGCCGGAGCUUGCCAGUGCACUUGUGGCAUCUCCCAUGGGUGAGGGAGCUCAGGCCAUUGGCUCGUCACCGAUGCCGUCGUUGGGACUCCAAGCCAGUGUCGUAGACGCCGACGAUCCCAUGAUGGUCAGCCCUGUGCCGUCGCGCCUUUGCAAGCUUACUCCGCCAUCGCCAUCUCCUGCCGACGCAAGCGCCACGGCUCUGCAGUCACCCGCCGUUGACCAUGCGGAAGUACGCGCCUUCGAGCUGAGCGACGCUGCGGAGUUUGCUUUCUCCGUACAGCAAGCUCCCGUCGAGAAAUUGGCGCAGGAUGCCCAGCAUGCCGUGCCGGAGCUACCUUGCAACCCAGUCGCUAUCCCACCCACCACUCCGACUGCGUUCGCUGGGGCCGCAGCUAUCGCUGAUGGUGCAUCUGGCGAUCGUGGCGCGUCGGCGACACCUGCGGACGCUGGGAAGCCUCAGCGUAGCGCCGCGGCCUGCCCGCCUAGCCUUGUUACUCCCUCCGCUGCGGCCGAGUCGCUUGAGGAGAUUGAGGCGCUGUGGGGCAAUGACGACUUGCUGGCCGAGGGUGGAGAUGAUGAGAGUGGUUUUGGCCUUCCGCUUCCGUUGCCGCAGGCCGCUUCUUCCCCCGUCGGCUCUAAGAGCCCCGAGACUGCCAGCAAUGCGCCCACCACUGGCCACAAGAUCGCCCCCGACGUCAUUCUGCAGGUCCAGCGUGAGUCGCUCGACUUGUUCUCCCUCCGUAACUCAUGCGCCGGCCGUGUCAGCGACAGCCUGAUGGUUGAGUCGCUGGACAGCUUCGAGAGGGCAGGCGUUGGCGCCAAGGCCCGUGCAGUGCCCUUCGUGCCCAUGGCGCCGCUCAGCGAGGCGACGGAACUGGACGUUGAGGAUGGUGCACCUGCUGCGGCCAUGAGCGAUUCACCUCAGCCCGACCUGACCUUUGCCGCCGUGUCACCCAUGUCGACGCCAGGGCUGCACCCCAUGGGGCAGACUGCUGCGACCACAACCGCUGCAAAGCCGUCGCCAGCGUCCAGCAGCCGAGCAGCUAGGACUGGAGCCCCGGUGGCCGCCAAGACCACAGCCCCAGGUACCGUAUCGCGCGCUAACGCUGCACCGUCCACUGCGCUGAAGGCCAUGGCCGCUGCAAGCUCAGCGAAUGGCGCUGGUGCGGCAAAGGCCGUGGGAUCGAAGCGGUCAACUCCCAUCUCGUCCAAGGCACCGGUUACGGCUGGGGGCGGCGUCGCUACAACACCUUCCCGGCUGGCUGCUACCGGCGCUGCGGCAGGGGGUGUGGUCGCACGUGCUCCGCCAGCGCCUGGCGCGGCUAUCAGCAAGUCGCCCGGACUCUUCACUACUCCACGGGUCGGCAACGGCGCACGGAUUGCACUUUCGCCGUCGUUGACGCCGCCGUCCAUGAUGGCCGGCCGGCCAGGUGUAGCGGGUCAGCAGCCGCCUGCCAUGUUAGCUGGGCGCCCCGGCGCCAUGGCGGCCCUCUUUGAUACGCCGAUGGUGCUUCGGGCCGCCGCUGUGCCCCUCGACUCGCCGUUUGGGACUGAUUUUGACUUGGACACGGUUGACAUAUCAGCGGAAGCAUCGAGGGCCAUUGCUGCGCUGGGCGCUGGAGGCGCACCGGCAACUAGCGAGGCAGUUACACCAGCCCUCACCGUGGCCGGCCGUGCCACUGGUGCUCGCGGUGCCGGCGGCCAUGUUCCCGGGACCCCCACGCUGUCGGUGCUGGAGACCCACGUGCAGCUUCUGACCGGCAAGCUAGCGGACACGGAGGCCAGGCUUGCCGAGGCGGAGAACAAGUACCAGCAGUCGCAGGAGGACAUCGCUAUGCUGCGCGACCAGCUGUCGACGCUGCAGUUUGAGCGAAGCAUGACGAACGACCUGGACAUGGAGCGUGAGGCCCGGCAGUUCCUGGAGCAGGAGAUGGCUGACUUGCGCCACCGCUUUGAUGGGGUCGAGGCUGAGCUGCGGGCAGCGCACGCGGAGAUCAAGCGGCGGGACCAGGCAGUUGCCGACGCUCAGGCCGCCACGCAGGCCAAGGAGGCCGCGCUGGCUGCUGUGCAGGCUGAGCUUGAGCAGCGCGUGCAGCAGAUGCAGUCGGACCUGGAUGCAGCGCGUGCAUUUGCGCAGCAGGCGGAUUCCCGUGCGGCGGAGGCGGAGGCGCAGACGGCAGCCCUAAAGGCCGGCUGUGAAGAAGAAGCGGCGCGGAGCAGGGAGCUGCAGUCCACGUUGGGUCUCCAGGCGCACCAGCUGGUCCAGGUGCAGCGUGCGCGCGACGAGUCCGAGGCCAAGUUCCAAAAGGCCAUGGAGCAGCUCAUUGCGGCGCAGACUACCCACAAGAAGCAGGUGGCGGAGUACGAGCAGAAGAUCCAGCAGCAGAACGCCCUCAUGCAGCAGCUGGUCGAGUACCGUGACCGGUACAGGCAGAUGAAGCAGCACGUGGUGGACAGCGACUUGCGUCACCAAGAGGUUUCCAGUGCGCUGGCGAUGGCGCAGGCCGAAAAGACGGAGCUAAUGCGCAUGUGCAACGAGCUGCUCACGCAGCUGGAGGCGACCAAGGCCAAAGGAGGACGUUAAGCGGUUGGCAAGCGCUACGGCUUAUCUUUAUUGUAGGGACUCCUUGCAACAUGGGCGUGCGAAAUUCCGUUCGUAGAUGCCGCAAAUCUUGUAUUGGUUGCGUGCGAGCUUUCCGUCGGUAGAAGCCGCUUGGACCUGUUGCAUGUGAGUCGUGUAUUCAUGCAAGGGGGUUCGUUGCGGUUUAGGAGAUACCUAUCAAGGGCCAAGGCCAUUUAUUUUUUGUGGGUGGCAGUGUUGCAGGUGCGAUCGGCAGGAGGAUCCGCGGCUUCAUAGCAGGAUCCAUGUGAAGCCAAGCUAACGGAUGUGCAUUGUACGGCAGCCUUGCUGUGCAUGGAACGGUGCAUAGUUAUUGAUGACAUUUAUUACAGCGUAGACCAGUUUUAUGAUUGUGCAUCCUAUGAUGCUAUAACUGCCACAUCGAGGUUACUUCUAGAUAGGUUGCCAGAUAACCUCUGACAGCGACUUGUAAGUUACAAUACUUCUUUGGUCCGCUUUCAGAUGACUGUAACCUGCACUAUUACGUUCCACUAGCGCUUCUUGUACCGGUUGCUGCUACGAUCCUUCAUACCUCGCAUCAAUGUCUGAGUCGCUUGUCUCCAUACUUGAGCAGCAGUUACCUGGCUUCAAGGCAUGCUUUGGAGGCGAAGAGCUGAAACGAGCAACCGCGGCUCUUGCGGGCGCGUUGAAGCCUAAAUCCAAGGAUAUCAGCCAAGCAGGUGCAGCUGCCGCGGACGAUGACACCUCCGCGUCACCUAGCCACUCCAGCUCCACGCUGACGACGCUGCUCGCCCAGGCGCCCUCCUCUGAAGCAACGGAGAGUGACCUGGUCCUCCGGGAGCUAGCGCUUGCAGCCAACCAGUACUGCCAGACAGGAGCCGCAGCAGGCCCCAGCGGACAGGACUUUGAAACGGUUUACAACCAUGGGCUUGUCCUGCAAGAGCUGGCUGGGAAGCUUCAGAACGGCCAGGCGGAGCAGCUGCAGCUGUUGCAGCAGGCCUGUGAGCUGUAUGCCUCAGCCGCAGCCCUCCGUCCAUCCGCACAUGCCGUACUGUACAACUGGGGCGUGGCGCUAUCCGACAUGGCUCGACUACUCAGGGACUCGCGACCAGCCGAGUCCCUGGGUUGCCUCCAACAGGCCAGCCACAAGUACGCGGACUCCCUGGAGUUGCAGCCGGACAACCCGCAAGCGCUCAACAACUGGGGACUGGUGCUACAGGAGAUGUCCGGUCUGACGCAGUCGGCAUCAGAACGCGACCAGCUCGUGUCGUACGCGCUGGAGAAGUUCCGUCAUGCCGUACGAUUGCGACCGGACUUUGAUCGUGGCUGUUAUAACAUGGGUACGGUGCUGUACGCCUACGCAUGUGCCGUACAAGCGGAACUAGCAUCACAGCUGCAAGUGGGGCGACUGACCAGCCAGGACGAGGAGACCUCCCGCGAGCGCCACGCUCGUGAGGCGCGUGUGCGCGCCCUCUUCACCGCCGCGGCGCAGUACAUCUGCCUGGCCACGGCACUGCAGCCGGGAAGGGCCAUAUACAGGCGCUCCCUGGCUGUUGUGAAGCCCGUUCUGCCGCUGCCCUUCCUGCGCGCCGGCUACCUGACGGCCCCGCUGGCGCACACACUGGGCGGCGCGGGGGAGACAUGGCGGCGCGAGUGGUUCGUGCUGGACCACGUGUCCCUGCGCUCCGCUACCGCGCUGGAGAGCUCGCUGAGCAGCGGGGCGUCAGGCGGCCUUUCCAGCUCCGUGCCCACCCUGCGCAUCGGCCACGCGGUGGGUGAGGUGCCGCUGGUGGUGCCGCUGGACGCCAUACGCUGCGUGCGCCGCUGCUGCGACCCCAGCCUGCCGGAGGGGGAGGCGCUGUGGUUGCAACUCGCAGCGCCGCUGGACAGCUGCAGCGGCGGCGGCGGUAGCGGUGCGGCCAUGCAUGCACAGCAUCCUCAUCCACAUGCACUUGCGCUGGGGCCCGAGCUCUCGCCACCGCAACUACAGCAGCAGGGGCAGCAGCCGCAGGGCCAGCAGUGCCCCGUCGUGUUGGAGCAUUCCUGGGCUGCGGCUGCCUCCGCCGCCGCUGCCGCUCCGGGACCCGCUGCCGGAGGAGCUACAUCCUCCUCCUCCACCUUGUCCGCCUCCUCAACAACAACACAAGGCGCCUCCACACACUCUUCAUCAUCCUCCUCGUCCUCCGGUGUAGCAUCAUCCAUGGCAGCAGCCGCAGGUGCUGCUGCGGGCAGCUGGCCUGCUUGCGCACCCCCCUGCUGCUGUGUUUGGUUGGUGGCGGAGGAUGCAGACACCGCGGAUGCCUGGGCGGAUGCGCUGCAGCUGGCGCACCAUGUGGUAAGCAGCCGGGGGGCGGAUGCGCUGGCGGAGGCUCUGACGCCGUCGCCAGCGGCGGCGACGGCGGCAUAUGGUGGUGGCGGCGGCGGGGGGCCUGCCAGUGGCGUGCGGAGGUUCAGCGGCGGCGGCGGUGGAGAGACUGCGGGGCUGGCAGGGUACCAUGCGUUUAGAGCUGGGCCGCGGGGGUGAGCGAGGAGGGACGGGACACUGACUGGCAGCUGCCAUGCGUCUGUUCGGCGGUGCUGCUUGGUUGUAGUCUGUUUUGAAAUGCCAUGGGUGCUGCCCUACCUAGCGUCCCUAUGCAUGGAUGAAGAACUAGGGGCUGGCUGGUGACUUAUUGACAAGCAGCAUGCGGGCUGUAGGGACUUUGGUCCUGAAGCGGGGAGGAAGGCUAGUUAGGAAGUCGAGGUUGAGGGUCCCUAUUUUG